CGAGUGAGAAGGAAAACAAAGGUGUUGCACUGAGAAACGCAGCACAAGGCGGUGACAGAAAUUCUUCCAGGAGAGCGAGCAGCACCCGCUCCUUCCUCCCGAAGCGGAUCAAUCGGAGGUGCGCGCGGGGGAAAGGGCGGCGGCGAUGUGGGUGGAGAUACUGUGCGGCCUGGUGGCCUACAAGAUCAUCCGCCGCGUCUUCUUCGCCCACGACGGCGACCCUUCCUACCUCGCCGACCUCGACUCCUCCCACUCCGACCUCUGCUUCGCCGUUGCCGCCAGGCUCGAGAAGCUCUACGCCGGCCGAUGCUUCGUCGGCCUCCGCAUCCCCGACCCGGACGCCGGCGCGCGCCAACACAUCGACGUCGUCCUCGUCACCAAGAGGGAGUUGAUGGUGGUGGCGAUCAAGAACUUUUCUGGUUUUGUUGAGGUCGACAAGGACGGGAACUGGUCUUGUCCAAGUGACAAGAAGCGCAAGCAAGAGAUAUUUCCAAACCCGGUACUAGAAGUCAACAGACUAGCUGCUAAUCUUCAAUCAUACUUGGAGCAAAGGGGAGCAAAACUGCCUGACGGGCAUAUAAUCGGAAGGGUUGUUCUGCCAAAUCCUAACUGCAGGCCUUCAUAUACUAUAACUCUUCAACCAGAGGUUAUCUUGUCCGAUCAAUGGAAGGAUCUCAAGACAUGGCUCUCAACAUGGAUUAAAGGUGCAUUUACUGGAAGCAAAAGUGGCAUGCAAGAUUCGGUACUCCAGAAUCUAAAUUUUAUUCUCAGCACAUCGCCUAUGUGGGACAGGUUGGAACUCAAAGGUGACAAAAAUGUUCUUGGUGAAUUCAUCGAGUUCAAAGGCAGGCAUGAGGAUAUUCAGCUUCUAAAAAACCUGAAGAGGUCAAAAGUCAGUCGAUUCAUCAUCCAGAAGUCAACUCUUUUUGGUGGUUUUGUUAGGUCAGGAGUUCAAAUAUUGUAUUCACCUAGAGAUUAUCGUGCUGAGGGAACUUCAUCUUCAGAAUGGAAAGAGAUUUCUGUGAAGCAAUACACAGAGAUUCUUUUUCAGCCGUUGCACUCCAAAAAAGUUCGGAAAUUCAAGCUGUCAAGUGUUGUUUCUAUGACACUGAGUGCCUAGUAAGUAGAAAUCUCUCGCGUAUCAUUCAGGCUGCCACUUUUCUCUUGUACUAGAUACUUUGUCUAUGUACCUCAGUCAAAUUGUGCUUCUCUCUGUUUCUAUAGAUCGACCUGUAUGUCUGUGUGUGAUGAUGUGGAGGAAAGUGAUUCGUAACAAUGCAUAACUGAAUAUGUUUCGUAUUGUUUCCAAA